AUGGACGUGCUUGAUCGGCUCCAGUCUGGUCUCUUCUUCCGGCCCAAUGUCGUCGACAUAACCCCGACCAUUAUCCAACCUUACAUUUUGCCCGGCCAAGCUCAACCCACGAUCCAUUACCAUAAUAAUGCCUCGUCCAGCAUCCCGGCUGCCACUCUCGCUUCAAUAAAUAGUUCAACUCCCGAAGUCCCACUCCCGUUGCUGAGCGUCUCGGUCGACGUGGACGUCCAUGGCAGGCUUUGUACUACGAAGGUGACGCAGCAGUUCAGUAAUGCUUCCUCCUCGACCACACAAAAUGUGAGAUACGUCUUUCCCAUUUACGAUGGAUCAGUUGUCACCGCCUUUCGCUGCUGGAUAGGCAACGACAGACUCCUCGAGGGAGCUGUAAAAGCCAGGGAAGCGGCAAGGGCAGAUUUUAAACAUGCUGUCUCCCAACGCAAGGUCGCCGUAUUGGUUGAAGAGCUGGUGCCGGAGGUUUUUGAGACGAGCGUGGGAAAUAUUCCUGCGCAAACCACAGUCAAGAUUGAGAUCACGUACACCAACCUCCUCAAGGUGGAUAACAGUACUGGUGGACUGGUUCUUACGAUUCCAACAUCGAUCGCACCGCGAUACGGAGACGUGCCGGAAGGAUACAGCGGAAAUGAAUCAAUUCUCACGGAGGGCCUGCGAAUCAACGUCCAAGCAUCGAUGCCGACAGCCAUCCGCAAGAUGGAGUCGCGGUCACACCCCAUAUCGGUCGAGAUGGGAGCAAUUUCCCACAAAAGCUUUAUAGAUUUUGCAGCGAGUGCAUCUUCUGACAUGCUGGAUUACUCUAAGGGACGCGCGACGUUAUUAGACAGAAAGGCCGUCCUUGGUCAAGACUUUGUCUUACACAUUUUGUGCAGCUCUCGCGAGUUUUCGCAGUCAAGAGCUAUUGCAGCGUCGCAGCCUGGCCAACCCGGCCUCUCCACAAUUGCCGUCACCGUGCACCCCGGCGAUCUGUUUUGUCAAAAUAUUAGUAUGGAGGAUUUUGUCGGCGAAAUUAUCUUCAUGGCGGAUAGAUCAGGGUCGAUGAAGUCAAAGACCCCCUCUCUCAUCAAUGCGAUGAAUAUUUUCCUACGAAGUCUGCCUGAAACAUGCUCGUUCAACAUCGCCUCCUUUGGUUCCCGGGUCACAUGGUUAUGGCCUUUCUCGAUGAGAUACAGCCAGGAGAACCUGGAUGUCGCCGUGAACCACGUCGAUUCAUUCCAAGCAAACUAUGGCGGUACCGAAAUCUAUGGCGCGCUGCAGAGUGUUCUAGAUCACGACAAUAAGCGAAAUGAUGUACCAACCAAUGUGAUCUUGUUGACUGACGGUGAGGUCUGGAAUGUGGACAGCGUCAUAAAGUUAGUACAUGGAAUGGCCUCAGACGCUUAUUUUAAUAUCAGAUUCUUUUCUCUCGGAAUUGGAGACCAAGUCUCUCAUCGCCUGGUCGAGGGCAUCGGGAAGCAAGGGGGCGGCUAUGCAGAGGUCGUGCCAGAGUCCUCGAUGGGUUCAUGGCAGGAAAGAGUGAUACAAAUGUUGAAGGCGGCGUUAACACCAUUUCGCCUGCAGUGCAAUGUGGAUCUUGGCGAGGAUCUUGUCAUGAAGACAUAUGAGCGGCAGAUUGCCGGAUAUACAGUGCAAUACCCCAGGUGGAUUCAAGCUCCUUGCCAGAUCCCUGUGCUGAGUACCUUUUCAUAUUUCUCUCUAUACUACAUGCUGGAGAGCGGAUUGGACUCACUGCCUAAAACGAUCAAUAUCACUGCAACAACGGAAAAAGGAGAGAAGCUCACAGCGCAGCUGCCAAUUCAGACAGUAGCUGACCAACCAGCCAUUCACAAUUUGGCAGCGAAAGCAUUGAUGAACGACUAUGAAACCGGACAAAGCUGGCUGCAUUCACUUAACCCAACCCUCAAGUCCACCAACCCAACAGGAUUCGAAAAAGUUCUGGAGCAGGAAGCACAGCACGUCGGGCAGACGUGGAACAUACCCAGCAAGUGGACGAGCUAUGUGGCUAUUGAUCGUAGCACGGCCCAGCAACACGCGAUAUCGGUCCAUAAAGCGGAUGUUAUCGAAUUCUCCCAAUUGACCAGGCCACGAUAUACUUCUACCUCUACGAAACGACGUACAGAUAAAAGAAAAGGCUCUUUUGUCCGUGACGAUACUUCUUUCUGGAGAUCUCUGCUCGAUGAUCCUCGCCGCGAAUUCCAUGCCUCCUUGACGGGGGGCGGGCCUCCCGGCUCCGAGGAACCUGCUCGAAAUAAUUUCUCCUCUGCCAGGGAGGAGGCAGGUACGCAGCUUCUUUCGGUGCCUGAACCACCGCCGUCAUUUUCUGUACAAGCCUCUGACAGGUUCGGCACGGGGGUUGGGAUCCCGGGAUUUGACUCCUAUAAGCCGCCAAGUCGAACCCAGGAUCAGCAUCACGACGCAUCGCGAGUCUCUGCAGCUCCAGAGGUGGUGUGCCAAUCUGCAGAGCUAGGGCCACUUGAAAGAAAUGCAAGCGUAGCCUCGUUCCUCUUAACCCAAUCGAGGGGCAAAGUCCAUAAAGCAGCUGCGACCUGUGAUGAUCCCGACAAGGACAAAGACAUAGAAUUGCACUAUGCGUAUCCGACAUCGUACCCGACAUUGGAUGUGGAUAGCGAUGAGGCUAUUGCCGUUGCAGCUCAAGCACACUCCCGACCAUACGUAGGCCCUAGCCUACGACGAGCUAAACGUUGCCGCAGCUCUAACCCAGAUGUAAAUGAGGCCCAAGAGGACGAUCCUUCUUCGCCAACUGACUCGCUAGCUAUCACGUACUGCGAAGGAGGUGGCGGAGAACGCUCUCCGGAUAGGGAACUUCGCGAUCCCGAUCAUCCAAGACCACCGGAUUUCCCUUCCCUGGACACAAUCCUCCGCGUGCAACAGGCGGACGGCGAAUUCAACAUUUUUAGCGUUUCCUUUAGAAGCGCCCUGAAACAGAAAUACAAGUACAAGGCGCUUCGAAAGUUCCUCAGGUCCAAGUUCGUUCGAAAGUCAUCGGCCAUGGGGUUGCGCCUUUGUGAACUGGCCUACAAUAUUUGUGUUGUCGUUUAUAUUUCUCAUGAGCAUGCUUCUUCGAAGGCGCUCUGGGAGCUCCAGGUAGCAAAAGCACGGCAAUGGAUCAAGCGGACGAUUAUAGAAUUGUUGACGGAGAGUGGUGAUUCGGAGAAAACACUGGAGAUAUCACUGGAGGAAUCUGCAGAGCCUAUGCUCGAGGAGAUGGAGAAACUAGUUCUGCAGCAGAUCUGA